CGAAAGAAACGCGAAAACACCGAUCUCACAUGUGCCCUUUAAAAUAUCAUAAUGUCCAAUCAUAAGGAUCACGAUGUGAAACAUCGAAAGAAUGACAAUAUAUUAAAGAGUCUGCCUUCAGAAGUGUUGUUAAAAGCUCGGAGUACUCUAGUCUCUCUCGGUGGAGCUCUCAAGUCGAAAAACGAUCAGCAACAUAGGCCCAAGAAACAUGAGUCUAAAGGAAAAAAGAAUAACGAAAGACUCAAGAGCAGUCGUUCGGAACCCGAGUUCAGUGACAUGCGAGCUAGUAAACAUAGGAGUCGGAUAGACGAGCUUCCACGUGAAUAUGUAGGAGAGAGAGUCAGGCCGAGGCCGCAAUCAAUGGGGCCAAUGAAACGGUAUGAUGAUAGUGUAGACUUCUUCGGAGGUAGCUAUCCUAGGGAAAUCACACCAAUUAAACGUAAUUUCGAAUCGUCUGAUGAUGUGUGUAUUCAAUCGCGGUUAGUGAUACCUGUUAAUGAUAGACUUAGUGCUGAUAUUCAUAUCCAAGAUAACAACGAACGGCCGAGGAAGAAGCUUUCCUUCCGUGAGCCGGAAAUCGUGAGCAAUGGGAGCAGUACUUUAGGUCGAUCUAGCAAACUGAUGGGUGUCAACAGUCUAACUCGUAGACCUAAUAGAGUGUCCCUCAAAUCGGACACACAUUCUAGUAUAGAUGGCUUGGACUCCGACUUAGAGAACCAGGCCAUGAGGAUUGUGCGCACCGUUGGCCAAGCUUUCGAGGUGUGCCACAAGAUGAAGAUUAGAAGCCCUGACAACCAGGCGCCGUCGACCUCGUCUGCCGCAGACAUGGCCGUGCCCAGCACCUCCGGAAGAUCCGGAAAGACAUCCAAAGAAGCACCGUCUACAUCUGGAGCUUCGGUGUCUGGGGGAGCAUCGACAUCCAAGGCCGGCAAGACCGAAGCCCAUAAGGGAUCGAAGGGCAAGCAACCUGCGCGUCCGACACAACUGGACCUCUUGCCGCCGCCGCCGAAAAAGGAGGGAGGAAAGCGCUCUCAGCCUGCCCCACCAUUGCUCACGGUCAACCUACCUGACCUGCCGGAAUGCGUCACUAAGGUGGAGUUGCCUAGCGUGCCCGAGAUCGACCCGGAGACUCCGCUGAGCGCUCAGCACCAACUUCAACUCCUGCGCGAAAGACUCGAGCAGCAGGCUCAGCAAACUCAGGCAGCAGUUGCCCAACUCUCGCUAAUGAAAGACCAACUUGCUGCCGAACAAACUGCACGCUGCGAGGCUCAGGCUCGUACUCACCAACUACUGAUUCAUAACAACGAGCUCCUUGAGCACAUUGCCAGUCUUGUGUCUCAUAUUCACGAGCAUGAGAAGGAAGAGACUCGUCCAAUCAGCGCUCAACAGCUGACUAUGUUGCCGCAGGAUAUCGCCUCGAACGAUGGGGGCAAAGAUGAGAGCAACGGCAAUCUCGAGGAAGGCGAGGAUGAUGCACUCAUCAACUUUAACGCUCCGCAAAGAACCAAAACGGCACAAAAUCAAAACGUCGAGAACAACAACGUGCCACGCACUCCGUUCAGCCCUACUCCCAGUGAGAACAACGAGAACCUCAACCUUGCCAACAUGACAAGCGAGGAGAUACAAGAUUAUCUCAUCAAGAAGUUCCAAAGCAUGAAAUUCCUGAAUGACCAGGGCGACAACAACAAUCAGGAGUUCUACCAGAACACCCAGGGCUUUCCCGACAUUCCGCUGUUGAAGUCGGAUUUCACCGACUCCGACUUAUUGGCCCUUCUGAAUACUCAACUCGCACAGGAAGGCUCAUGCUCCAGCGAGGAAAUAAGCGCUCUGGCUCAUGCUAUGAGCAUUGGUGUAUCCCAGAAUUCGUCCGACAGCAGCUCCGAUUCGAGCUCUAAGGAUUCCUCGGGGGAUUCCAGCUCAGAGGAUGGGCAGCCUUACAUUAUGCCGCUGUCGCACAACAUAACUCUGAAGGCGACAGGUGAGGACGGACGCGUGCGGCUCAUUGUACCCGUGAGCCCCUCCGAGAGCGCUGAUGACGUGCCGGAGAAGAAGAGCGCCGGCCCGAGCGCUGGCACAAGCGCCGGCUCCUCGCUUCAGGUGCCCGGCCAGUCCGCCGCCGCGCCCAUCACGCGCUCCACCAGCGAGAAGGUGCCCAACAAGAGCGAGCUCAUGGCCGCCAUCCGAGCCCAAUGGACGCGACACACCACUAAGUAAACAAACAUCGAUCAUUUGAGUCAAGUUACCUAAACCUACCUUAUUUAAUUAUUUUAGUUAUUAAAGAUUCUAGUUAUACAACUUAUUAUAUAGAUUUUAAAUUAUUUAAAUACGUCUUUGGACGUUAAACUUAAAAGUGCCAAUAUUAUAGUUUGUCGACUGACACAUGGCCGUUCCUUGAAAUAGUUUUAUUGUUUAUUUUAUUUCCAUUAAACCUUUCUAGUCAUCGUAUCCAUAUAAUUUAUUUAAGUGCAUUUUCCACUACAUAUCUAGAUCAUAUCCUACCGGAAUUUAUGCAAAAUAUACAAUACAUUUCUCGAGUACAGGUCAAACAUUUUGUACCACGAUUUUCUAUAACAAUAUAUUUUACAAUUCUUCUCGAAUAUGUAUACAUUAAAAAAGACUUAUUAAUAUCAAAAUUUUGUA